AUGUCUGUAUUUCUGACGCCAGCAGCGCAGCACGCGCACACAGCAUCGACGGCUCGCUCGCUCUUCAUCCACAGGAACACCUGGCUGUCGUGCGUUCGCCUGCCCGCGGGGCGACGCAGCGGCGCGGCGAUCCACGCGAGCGACAAUCACCGUUUAACGAGCCGCGAUGCGCGCGUGCUCGUUCGCAUCUGCGUCUGCGUCUGCGUCUCAGGGUCAGGCUGGGGUCUGGACGAUCGGAAUCUCGCGUUGCGUUUCUGCGCAGCGGGGCCUGAAGAUCACAGGAUAUCGCAGGCCGCCUGCGCUUGGCGGCAGGGAGGAGCACCGUGGCUUGUUUCAAGCGCGAGGGACGACGCUCAGCAGAAAUGGAAUUCAGGCAGUCAAGAAACGUCGACGGCUGGGUUCCGGGACGAGGCCCAGCUCUUCGUGGAAGGGAAGAAGCGAAGCGACGCGUGCGGCGACGGUGGCGAAGGAAGGGGGCGGGUUAUCAGCUGCGAGGGCGAGGAGAUUGGCGUGGCGCGGCUGGUUAUGCUGAUUGUUUGCGUGUGGGCGGCAGAAGCCCCGCACGCCAGCCCCGAGCAGAAGGGCGACGGUCGUCCCGAGGAGAUCGCACUUCCACAAAUGUGUCGCUGUGAAAAGCUCAAAUCAGACUCGAUCGGCCAUUUGAGGUUCGACGUGUUCUCGAUGGGUGGAGGGGGACGGCGCGCCGGCCUCUCCCUGUCGGAGGUGAAAUAUUAG